UCCGUUUGUUGCUCUCGCUGUCUCUCGACUCUCUCCCAAAAUGAAGGCAUCUUUGAAGGGCAGAUUCGAAACGGAGAAAAGCAGCGGCCCAGCCGCUGCCGCCUCUUUCGUUUUUAAUGCCGGAGAUGUCAAGCUGCGAGCUUCCUUGACCGACGCUACUGUCGUCAACGGCCCCAGCUUAACCGGCUUGGCUCUAGCCGUCGAGAAACCUGGAUUCUUCAUCGCUGACUACAACGUCCCCAAAAAGGAUUUUCGGUUUCAGUUCAUGAACACAGUUAGGAUUGCGGAGAAACCAUUGAAUCUGACUUACAUUCACAGCAGAGGAGACAACAGGACCAUUUUGGAUGGAACCCUGGUGGUUGAUUCGGCUAACAAGCUGUCGGUGAAUCACGCACUUGGCUCGGGAAAUUUCAAGUUGAAGUACGCUUAUGUGCAUGGAGGAGUGACAACGUUUGAACCGUGCUACGAUUGGGCAAAGAAUACCUGGGACUUUGCAGUGGCGCGGAAGGUUUAUGACGAUGAUGUGUUGAGGGCCACGUACCAGACAUCGAGCCAAGUUUUGGGACUGGAGUGGUUGAGGAACUCGAAGCAGAACGGCUCUUUCAAGAUUUCGGCAUCCGUCAAUUUGGCAGAGGAAAAAAAGGUUCCGAAAUUAAUUGCUGAGAGUACAUGGAAUCUGGAGAUUUGAUUAUCUCAGAAUAUAAUUUUUUUUUGUUUUCAUUUUGCUUGUUGAAAUUUCCUAAGAUUGGAGAUACAGCGUCCUAUUGGCUGCUAUCAACUUUUAGCUUUUUCUUUUGGCCUUGAACAUUGUAUGUUUAUAAGUGAGCUGAUCUACUGCUAAAGGCCAGCUCAGUCACAUUGAUUGUCGAACUGCUAGUUCCUCUUUUGAAAUACGAACUUCUGGUCUAUAUUGUCGGGGAAAACCCUUAAA